AGUCGCUCUCUGAGCCGCCCGAGAGUGCGGGUCGGCUCUUGCAAGGCGGGAGGGCCGCUGAAUUGGCCUGCCGGGGCCUGGCUGGUGCCAGUGCAGCCGCCGCGAUGCGCCUCCUGCGCUGCCUGCUGAAGGGCCAUUCGGCGCUGGCCGGGGCGCCCAAGUACAUCGAGCACUUCAGCAAGUUCUCGCCGUCCCCGCUUUCCAUGAAGCAGUUCCUGGACUUCGGUGCGUGGACGGGCAGAGGGAGGCGGGCAGGCAGGGGAAGGAGGCGCAUUGCCGGGCUUAUCGCGGGCCACCAGCCGGGUCUCCCUGCUGUCUCCAAAAAUAACAAGUCAAUCCGCACAAAUGUGUGUUUAAAUCUCUUUGCAUCUGCUCUGUUGCUACUUAAACAACAGCGACAGACAAGAAGUUUUUUUUAAUGGUAAACAAAAGGAGUGGGACGCUUUGGAUGCGUUUCUGCUUUGCUUCUGCUCCAUAGAUUAUUAUUUAUUUUAAUGGUGAAUUAAAAGGGAGGGGGAGUUUUGGAGCACAUUCCUGUCUUGCGAGUGAGUUCAGAAGGAAGACCUGAUUUGAGGGGGAUGGGGACUCGCUCCCAGGUAAGUGCAUGUAGAGUUGUAGCCACUGGUUGCUGCGUUGUUUUUCUUAGCUGCCUUGGGUGUUUUGUAGGGGGGAAAGUGAGAUAAUAUGCAUGCUUUAGGGAAGCGAGAACCGGCUGCCCCCCACCCUCCUGCGCCCAGCUAAACUGGAUUAAGGACCCGCUUCUCCUUUGGCCUCCCUAACCUUGUUAAGCCCAUCCCCUGCGCUUGGGACUUCAUCAAAGUUGAGUUAUUCUGUUUCAGAUGUUCUAAGUCCCUGGUACCUGAACAGGUUUGACAGGGUGGUGGUCUUGUGCAAGUGUGAGUAGAAGCAAGUCCUGUUGAGUUGAGUGGAAUUGGCUGCCAGGUCAGUUUGCCUACAGAAUUGGCACCCGGUAGAUCAGUUGUGGAUCAAACAGUUCAGUGUAACCAGGUGAAUCAUGAGCUGACCUCAGAACACCUCUCCUCUGCGUAAAUAUACCAAGGAACACUUUAAUCUGGCUCUCUGAACAGCAUUCCCUAUUUACCUAUGGAGGAAUGUCCGGCAGCCGGAACAGGUGAUCUUUCCUCUUGUUUGUGUGUGUGAGAGAGAGAAGAUUGGGAGCAUAGCUCGCUUUGUGUGCAGAAGGUCUCAGGUUCAAUGACAUCUCCAGUUAAAAGAUUAUAUAAGUAGAUAAACAUUCCUAUGCACAUGCAACUCACCACUCCACCGCCAUAAGUGUGCAGCCACCCAACUUUCCUCAAAUUUAGCCUGUUCUUUGCCUCCCGUGCAGUCCAGUUAAUCUCUUCCUCCUGCGUGCUCCCAUGCCUUUAACACACACACACCCAUUUCCACAACUAGAUACUUCAGGCUGAUCUCUGUGCUUCCACAAGUCUCAGAGUGCACUUCCAUAAGUAAAUAUGUCCUGUGUGUCUCAGAUAAAUGUGGUAACCCCAAAAGGGGUCUGCAUCGUUCCCGUUUCUGUACGUAAACAUUCUGUUUUGUAUAGAGUUCUUGUGCCCUUCCUUGCUAAUCCAUUGCCAUGGUUCUGAGAGAUUUGUGAUGUGCAGAAGGCUAUGCUUAAAUACGGGACCAGUGUUUCCUGGGGGCUAAAUAUGCAUAUAUUUGAGCUAGGGAAUUGCUGCAUUCAGCCCCCUACCCCCCAAAUUGUCAUUUGGUUCAGCAGUUUUACCUGCAGGGGGCUAGCCUCUUUGCCGUAUAGUUUCAAUGCUGCUAAAUGACCCAAAUCUGAACGGUGACAGCAUCACCGUGUCCCUAUAUCCACAAGGUUGCAAGCCAAACACCUGGACUAAAUCUGGGCAGGUACAACUUCUAAAGUUCUGUUCCCAACAGGGCCCUUUUGCCAGGAUUUGCUCACAUGUCCACCUGGAUCAACAUCUCCCCAGACACACUGCUUUUUCGAAAGGACAUCAGAGAUGAAUGAGAGGGAGGGAGCAGGACGGAGAAUAUUUCAAAGUUCCCUGAUGGCAGAAGCGAUUCUUGUGAAUUGCAAAGACCUUGCCUCCUCGCUCUGGGUUUAUGCUGGUGAUUUGGGAGGGGGGAGUUUUGUGUGAUGCCCUCUGAAGGCUAUGAAGGACAAGCGGUGCUGAUUGGGGGAUCCUCAGCGUCAAGACCUCCCCUAGCCCCACUUGCCGGUUUUUCUGGCCAAUUUCCCCCUCCCUCCGUUUUCCCUGCAGUGCUUCAUUCCAAGCCUGCGAGGAUGGUGUCUGACGCUCUUUUCAAAACAGUGGGGCUAAAUAAAGAACUCCGCACUCUUUGCCUCGGUAGCAAACAGAAACAUGCACAAUGGAUUCCUUGUCUCCCUUUCCAGCAGUUGCUUGCACAGCUCAGCUUGCUGCUUAGUGCUUUGACCUGUGUGCAGGUUUCCUUCCGUGGAGAGUUUGGAUGGAAGGGGUGGGGGCGGUGGGAAAAACCUUUGGAUGUACGGGGCCCAGCUUGCCUUCUCCUACAUCCUCUGCUUGCUUUUCUGUCUCCUCUGUUUGCUGAACAGCUCCCUGUUUCCCUGUCCUUGCCCAACGCUCUCACCUUGGGUUCUUCCUCCUUUUUUUGACAUCAUAAAUUGCUUCCACACAUCUGCUUCAGUAAUAAACACAUCACGUCCCUGCUGUCUGCAGACCUUCCUCCUGUUAGUAGAGAAAUUCCCUGUUUCCAUACAGUUUGAUUUAUAGAAUUCAGAGGUGGCAGGGCUUUGAAAUAACACCAUCCGAUCCUGCGUUUGUUUUUGGAAAGCUGGUUCCCCACCCCCACCCCGUGCUUCUUACUAAUGCAUUACAGUGGUUUCUGCUUUUCUUUUUUUUAAGCUCUCAGGACUUUUGUAAAAUAAGCCGGGUAUUUUUUUAACCACCGUGGAUUUCAAGGUCAAGCUGCGCCACCGAAAACAAAUUCCAGCAGUUGCAUGUGAGGGAUUAAAGCCUGCUAUGCUAAUUCAUUUGCCUGGGAGUAAGAUCCUUUGAAAGGGAUGCAGGUGGUGCUGUGGUCUAAACCACUGAGCCUCUUGGGCUUGCCAGUUGGAAGGUCGGCGGUUCGAAUCCCGAGCUCCCGUCGCUCUGUCCCAGCUCCUGUUAGUUCGAAAGCACACCAGUGCUCCGGUGGGAAGGUAAAUGGCGUUUCCGUGCACUGCUCUGGUUUUGCCAGAAGCGGCUUAGUCGUGCUGGUCACAUGACCCAGAAAAAUUGUCUACGGACAAACAUCCGCUCCCUCGGCCAGUAAAGCGAGAUGAGCGCUGCAACCCCAGAGUUGUCCACGACUGGACUUAACUGUCAGGGGUCCUUUACCUUUUAAGAUCCUUUGAACUGAAGAAGACUUACUUAUGAGUAGACGUGGUUAGGUUUGUGCUGUUUUUCUCCGUUCCUGCACUUCCAUCUACCCCAGGAGGUGGUUUUAGUGCCCAUUGAGUAAGGGAACAUGGAAAGCAUUGAAAUCCGAGGUAAUCCGUAGCAGAUGUUGGAAAUCCACCCCAGAAAUGGAGCUGUAGCAGCUGGGUGAAUGGAUUUGUUGGCAGCUGAAAUGGCAAAGUGUGUGGCUAUACAAACUCUUGGCGCCUGACUGCUUGAAUCUACCAUUUUGUUUCUAAAUCUUGAGCAGAAACUUGCCCCCCUUUUCUUUGCAGUGUGUUCUCUACAAUCAUGAGGUCUAGCAACUUUCAAGGAGCAGAGCCUGAGCAGCUAGCUUAUUCCGUGUUCGUUAUCUUACUCCAACAUAGCAAAAGCAACAGAGAGCCAUUAAGACACCUUAAAUAACUAAGAGCAUCACCUGAGCUUUCCCUGAUGAGAACCUUUGUCAUCAUAAAUAUGGAGGGGACAGUGAAGGAAGAUACAAAAUUUGUGUGUGUUUGUCUGCGUGCGUGCAUGCAUAUUGCGCUUGUAAUACUGUAGGUACGUGGUAACAUAGUUAAUUGCAGGAUCUGGAACAGGCAUAGGCAAACUCGGCCCUCCAGAUGUUUUGGGACUACAACUCCCAUCAUCCCUAACAGGACCAGUGGUCAGGGAUGAUGGGAGUUGUAGUCCCAAAACAUCUGGAGGGCCGAGUUUGCCUAUGCCUGAUCUGGAUCUUACAAGGCUAGAAUUUUAUAGAUUAUCCUCCGAUUAGGGGGCCUUCGUUGGGGAUCGCAGGCUGGUUUGCAGUAACAUUCCAGAGUGGCACCUGGGAUCCUGACCAGGGUUCAAAUCCCCACCCGACAUAAAGCCUUGGGCCGGUCGCUGCCUCUCAGUCUAACCUACCUCACAGGGUUGUUGUGGGGGCUAUUUGAGGAGGGGGAGAAGAAGAAGAAGAAGAAGAAGAAGAAGAAGAGGAGUUUGGAUUUGAUAUCCCGCCUUUCACUCCCUUUAAGGAGUCUCAAAGUGGCUAACAUUCUCCUUUUCCUUCCUCCCCCACAACACUCUGUGAGGUAAGUGGGGCUGAGAGACUUCAAAGAAGUGUGACUGGCCCAAGGUCACCCAGCAACUGCAUGUGGAGGAGCGGGGAAGCGAACCCGGUUCCCCAGAUUCCGAGACUACCGCUCUUAACCACUACACCACACUGGCAUAACCCAUGCAUAACACCUUGAGCUCCUGGAGGGGGAAAAAUAGAAGGGAUAGAAACGCAGCAGCCAAAUAAAUAAAUAUUGGCUGGCGUAACCUUUUCCUUGGGGCAUGCGCCAGAACAGCUGAUAGCAGGGUGUGUUUUUCUUUUCAGGAUCCAGCAAUGCCUGCGAGAAGACCUCAUUCACUUUCCUCCGCCAAGAACUCCCUGUCCGGCUGGCAAACAUCAUGAAGGAAAUCAACCUUCUCCCAGACCGUGUGCUCAGCACCCCUUCCGUUCAGCUGGUGCAAAGCUGGUGAGUCCCUUCUGUUUGUUUAGAUGUUUAUGGGCAGAUAAAAUCACAAUAUAUAUAAAAAAACCGUACACAAUGAAAACAAGAACGAAAACAAACCAAUAGAUACUCAUUUUAGAAUAUCUGCAAUUAGCAAAACUGACGGGAUCAGUUAGAGGAAUAGCGAAACAAAAAACAACUGGAGAAUGGAUCAUAUUUAAGAAUUAUGUAAAACUUUAUUGUACAAAUAACUCCAUAUUAGCAGAAAUUGAGUGAUAUUUGUAAAGGGAAAGAUCAAAGGAAUGUAUACAAAGCAGAAAGAAAUGAUAUUAUACAAUGUAAACCUGUGUAAAAAAGAAUGUUAUAUCAAACAGUAUAAUGAGAAGGAUGGGAAGUAUUGUGCGGAUGAGUACUUUUACUUUGUCUCUUCCCCCCUUUUUUAUUUGAUUUCUUUGUUUCUUAUCUUUGUUAAUUCUUUAUUUUUUUCUUUAUAAAUUUUCUAUUUUAUAUAAUUUUCUUUCUUUCUUUCUUUCUUUCUUUCUUUCUUUCUUUCUUUCUUUCUUUACCUUUUAAGAGAUAGUACAUAAUGUUUGUAUAGACAUGAAAAUCUUUUAAUCAAUAAAGAAUUGAUAGUUAAAAAAAGAAAAAGAAAACGCCCCCUCCCACGGCACAUUUAAAAGUGCAUUGGAUGUCAGUCACCCUACCUGAAGAGGAACAAUUGCUGCCUGGCACCUAAAGGUGUAUGAUGAAGGUGCCAGCCAAAACUCCCUGGGGAGAGCAUUCCAUAGACGGGGAGCCACUGCAGCAAAGGCCCUGUUCUUGUGUUGCCACCCUCCAGUCCUCUCAUGGAGGAGACACACGAAGACAGGCCUCUGAGGAUGAUCAGAGGCUCCUUUAGUAUCCAGCCUGCCAAACCAAUGUGACUUUCCAGCCCUGAAGCGGAUGUUAUUCGGCUGGAGGAGUAGAUCUUCUGGCUCGAUAUAAGGCAGUUUCACAGUGCCCGGCACCCUUCAGCAGUUCCCUAGGGGCUUCUCAUUCACAGGGCUCUUUUACAGAGCCAUUCUGCACAAGUCUACUCAGAAAUAUAAACUCUGUGUUCAUCCUCUGUGGCCCUUCUUCGUGUGCCUCCUCUGCGUAAGGUCUGGAUCUGGCAACACGAGAAGGGCCUUCUUUGUGGUGGCUCCUCGUUUGUGGAAUGCUCUCCCCAGGAAGGCCUGCCUGGCACCUUCAUUAUAUAGUUUUAACCUCCAGGCAAAAACGUUCCUCUUAAACCAGGCCUUUGGCUGAUUAAUACUCUACAGCCUUUUAAAUAUGUCUGGGCAAACUGAGGUUUUCUUCUUGUUGUUUUGGUUUAAUUAUUUUCUUGUGUUUUGUCUUGUAUUUUAUUCUGUCAACCGCCCUGAGAUCUUUUGAUGAAGGGUGACAUAUAAAUUCAAUUAAAUCAAUCAAUCAAUCAAUCAAUCAAUCAGUCCUGUUCAGUUCAAAGGGGUUUACUCUCGGGUAACCCUGUGUAGAAGGGAUGCGGGUGGCGCUGAAGGGUUAAACCACAGAGCCUAGGACUUGCUGAUCAGAAGGUCGGCGGUUUGAAUCCCCGUGACGGGGUGAGCUCCUGUUGUUCGGUCCCAGCUCCUGCCAACCUAGCAGUUCGAAAGCACCUCAAAGUGCAAGUAGAUAAAUAGGUACCACUCUGGCGGGGAAGGUAAACGCUGUUUCCAUGCGCUGCUCUGGUUCGCCAGAAACGGCUUAGUUAUGCUGGCCACAUGACCCAGAAGCUGUACACCGGCCAGUAAAGCAAGAUGAGCGCCGCAACCCCAGAGUCGGUCACGACUGGACCUAAUGGUUAAGGGGUACCUUUACCUUUACCUUUUAACCCUCUGUAGAAUUGUCAUCUUGGCACCCAAAAACCAAAGCAGAGAAACUUUUCUCUUCGGGGCUUGUCUUUUGGUAUAUCAUGACUCACACACAGAGUUUUAAAAAGAUGUACAGUGGUACCUCAGGUUACAGACGCUUCAUGUUACAGACGCUUCAGGUUACAGACUCUGCUAACCCAGAAAUAGUACCUUGGGUUAAGAACUUUGCUUCAGGGUGAGAACAGAAAUUGUGCGGCAGCGGGAGGCCCCAUUAACUAAAGUGGUACCUCAGGUUAAGAACAGUUUUAGGUUAAGAACGGACCUCCAGAAGAAAUUAUUAACUUGUGAUUUGACAUGCUUUCGAACUGCUAGGUUGGCAGGAGCAGGGACCGAGCAACGGGAGCUCACCCCGUCGCGGGGAUUCGAACCGCCGACCCUCAGAUCGGCAAGUCCUAGGCUGUGUGGUUUAACCCACAGCGCCACCCGCGUCCCUCCACAAGAGCUUACGUUUCAAUAAUUGAGUUGUCAAGGUGCUCCCCCCCCUUUUUGCCUUGGAAGCACACGGGCUUUUUGCAAUCUCUCAAACCGAAGAUAUGGCUGCCGGUUUUUUGUGGGUUUUUUUGGUGGUAAGGUGGCAGCUCUGAGUUAGAAGGACCGGUGGUUUUGGUGGAGAUCAGGGAGCUGUUAUGUGAGAGAAACAAGAAACAACAGAGGGACCAGCAGAUGUUGCUGGACUACAACUCCCAUCAUCCCCUGAAUUACAACUCCCAUCAGCCGUGCUGGCCUCCUGCAGUAAUGGGACUGGCUGCUUCGGGUCAUGUAGAUAUGUUUAGGAAUAAUGAUUUGGAGCACAUAGGAUAAUGCAGUGUUUUUCUUGCCCUGAUCUGCAAAAGUGUGUUUGUGUCUGUCUGUGUGUCAGAGUGGAAAUAGGUUCUAAGCAGGGUGGAUUUGAUUUAAAUCAAAUUGAUUUAAAUCACGAUUUAAAUCACUAGUCAGGAAGACUUGAUUUAAAUCACUGGUCAGGAAGACUUGAUUUAAAUCAUUUUUUUACAGAUAGACUCACUCUUGCUGGUAUAAUCUUAAUAUUUACAACCAGUUUAUUUUUGGAAUAAUAAAUUUUCAGAGUAGUUUUACAGUUAUAUCAAAAAUUACUGAUUUGGUUAUACUGUUAGAAACACAUAGAUAAUUAUGAAAUUAUUGUCAGGUUUAAUAAGUUAACUCUUUAUAUUUGGACAACUUUUCUGCUGUACUUUACUGGAAGGAGAAAAAGAAUCAUUUCCUUAAUAACAAUUUAAACAAUUUAUUUAACUAAAAGAGUAACAUUAUAGCAUAUGUAUCCAUGUUUGUUAACUGAUGUGGUUAAACAUUGUUGUUUUUUUAAAAAAACCAACUGAGUUUUAGCACACAUGAAAAACUUAAAACAAAUCCUUAUUCCCUGAUGAAUAGCCUCUGGACUAUAAUGUAACUUAAAUAGAAAACUAUCUUUAGAAAGAUUUUUCCUCCAAAAGCAUUUUAUUUUAAAAAUCCAAUUUAAAUUUUAAAAAAUCUGAUUUUAAAAAUAUUUUUAAACAUUCUAAGGCAUUGAGGAGGGAUGUGGCCUGUCUCAACGGGGCUGGGGAGGGAUUGUCAUGUAGUUUCAAACGCCCAGAUUGUGCUCUAAAACACUUUCAGCAGCUGUGAGCCUUUGGGUGGGUGAACCUGGCGGCUGACUCUUAAGAAAUAUAGUGGUACCUCGGGUUAAGAACUUAAUUCGUUCCGGAGGUCUGUUCUUAACCUGAAACUGUUCUUAACCUGAGGUACCACUUUAGCUAAUGGAGCCUCCCGCCGCCACCGCGCGAUUUCUGUUCUCAUCCUGAGAUAAAGUUCUUAACCCGAGGUACUAUUUCUGGGUUAGCGGAGUCUGUAACCUGAAGCGUCUGUAACCUGAAGGGUCUGUAACCUGAGGUACCUCUGUAAACCUACAAGAGAACAGGUGAGGUCUGUGCUUGGAACCUGAUGCCACAAUAAAUCUGUUGGCCUUUAAAGCAUCCAUCGCCAACCCGGUACCCUCCACAUGCAAGUGGCACCAGCCUCAGCCAGUGGAACGGAUGGGCGUUUCAGUCCAGGUACAUUGUAGUGAUCAGGUGGGAUUGCUAUGAGGAAUUAUAACAAAUAUAGAGUAAGCCAUCUGUGUCAGCAAUGAAAGCAUUGUGUUGACUGGGUUUAAACUAUUUUGAUAUGAUUCUUGAUCAAUCCACACCUCUGCAUCCCUGUUCCAUUUCUCUUUCUUUACCAGUCACGUACACAGCCCAGUUGCUCCGCCAGGCAGGCUCCUGGGUCAUCAAAGAUAGUGGGCAAGCUUCUUUGAAGUAGCCUUUCCACUAUGUUAAUCUCAGGAUGUUAAUCUUAGGGUCAGGAAACAGGUUUCACAUAAAGGUGAUAAUGAUCUCUGUCCUCCUGGCCAUCCUCCUUAUCAUGGAUAUUGCUUGUUUAUGACCUCAGGGGUUGCCCAAUGUUCUCCUUUGUAGUUCUGUUCUUUGUUUACCCCAGAAAUAUGCAUGCUAAUUAGUUUUAAUUAGUUUAACUUUUCCCCAUGUAGGGUUUGUGGAAAUGCUCAGAGGAAAUCUGAUUGGUUCUUACGAACACUCUGUAAAAAGUUCUUUUGUGACUAAAACGACCUGGGCCGAGGGGUGGAGAGACUCAGAGAGAGAGAGAGAGAGAGAGAGAUUAUUAUACGCACCCUUCCCAGAGUCUUGCUGGUUCAAGCCUCUGUGUGUAUUCUUAUUAAUCAGAGUUCAAUCCUUCCUUUGUGAACGCCUCAGUACAUCAGGAGGGCGGCAGGUUGGCAAAGGAGGCUUCACGGUGCCACAACACACUGUGUUUGUUUUCUUGCUGCAGCACACUCACGUGGCUCCCUACGCAUGCUCAGAAAAGUGUAGCACCUUGUCAGAUUCGGUUCCCAAGGAAGGAAGAUACUUGGCCGGUUGCCUGCCUGGGUCUUUUAACUUCUGUUUCCCUCAUUCCGCUUUUCUUCCUCCCCCCCGCCCCUUUUUAGGAAAGGGUUUUUGUUUUGUUUUCACUUUGCCUGAAGGUGCCGCUGCUUUUAAGCAGCUUGCACGAACUUUGUCCUACUUUGAGGGAAGCACGUGAUGAGGGACUGUUUGUUUGCUUCGCUUCACCCUGUUCUCAACAUCCCUUCGCAGUUGCCGGAGAAACGCAGCGUAGGAAAACCGUGGUUCCCCCACUGCAGAGAAAAGUGGCAAGUUGAUAGUAGCAAACCCUCUCUCCCUGCACCCACCCAGUGCCCAAGCUGGUGUUGAAACCUGCCUGUUUCCUUAUCAUCGCCUCCUUGCUAUACUUUAUUACUUUAUUAUUAAUAAAUAUGCUUCUUUCCUUCCAUGCAGCCAUCUCUCUCUCUUUCCCACAGAUCAAAACCCAAAGGAGAGAUGCAGGUGGAAUAUAGGUGAUGCUGUUGUGCAUGUACAUUCACACAAACACAAAUUCAGUCAUUCCUCAGGUUACAGCUGCUUCAGGUUGUGUUUUUUCGGGUUGCGGACUGCCGAAACCCAGAAGUACCAGAACGGGUUACUUCUGGGUUUUGGCGGCCGUGCAUGCGCAGAAGCGCUAGAUUGUGCUUUGCGCAUGCGCAGAAGCGCUGAAUCGCAACCUGCGCGUGUGCAGACGCGGGUCGCGAACGCUGCGGGUCGCGAACUUGCAUCCCACACGGAUCACAGAAAUAAUACCUCGGGUUAAGAACUUUGCUUCAGGAUGAGAACAGAAAUUGUGCUCCGGCAGCGCGGCAGCAGCAGGAGGCCCCAUUAGCUAAAGCGGUACCUCAGGUUAAGAACAGUUUCAGGUUAAGAACGGACCUCCGGAACAAAUUAAGUACUUAAUGCGAGGUACCACUGUAUAGAUAUAUACAUAGAAUCAAAGAAUCUUAGAAUUGUAGCGUUGGAAAGGACCAUGAGGGUCAUGCAAGUCCACCCCCUCCCAUGCAAGGCAGGAAUCUUUUGCCAAGCGUGGGGCUCAAAUCCACAGCCCUGAGUGUAGCUAAGUCAGUAGAGCAGGAGACUCUUGAUCUCAGGGUUGUGGGUUCGAACCCCAUGUGGGGCAAAAGAUUCCUGCAUUGCAGGGGGUUGGACUUGAGGACCCUCACAAUUCCUUCAAACUCUAUGAUUCUUUGAUUCUGUGGUCUAAAGAUAUGUGCCUCUCCUUUAGCCUCUUGCCCUAACACUAAUAAUAAUAAUAAUAAUAAUAAUAAUAAUUUAUUUUUAUACCCCACCCACCUGGCUGGCUGGGUUUCCCAAACCACUCUGGGCAGCUCCCAACAGAAUAUUAAAAACACCACCUAACAUUAAGAACUUCCCUAAACAGGACUGCCUUCAGAUGUCUUCUAAAAGUCAGAUAGUUGUUCAUUUACUUGACAUCUGAUGGGAGGGCGUUUCACAGGGCGGGUGCCACUACCGAGAAGGCCCUCUGCCUGGUUCCCUGCAACCUCACUUCUCGCACUGAGGGAACCGCCAGAAGGCCCUUGGUGCUGGACCUCAGUGUCCGGGCAGAAUGAUGGGGGUGGAGACACUCCUUCAGGUAUACUGGACAGAGGCCAUUUAGGGCUUCAAAGGUCAGCACCAACACUUGGAAUUGUGCUCAGAAACGUACUGGGAGCCAAUGCAGGUCUUUCAGAACCGGUGUUAUGUGGUCUUGGCGGUCUUCACAUACCCAGUCCAUGAAGGCUGCAGGCAACUCUUCACAAACUUCUUUUCCAUCCAAGUGCUCCCUACUCUUCUUUCUCUCUUCCUCCUACCAGGUACGUGCAGAGCUUGCUGGACAUCAUGGUGUUCCUGGACAAAGACCCUGAGGACCAAGGGACGUUGGGACAGUGAGUUUGGGUUUGUGAGGGGAGGGAGGAGGCUGUUGAGCACAGCACAUACAAGAACCCCACCUCACAGCAUCACUGCACUUUUUAUGUGACAUCUUUCCUGCAUGGAGAAUAUCAACAAUCUUUGGUCUCCUCCCAUUGGAACAUGACUUGGGAAUUCAACAUAAUAUUUUGAUUAAAUCAAUAUAAUUUAGCUUUGCUUGGGAAGCAAGAGGUUUGUAAAAAUGCACAGAAAUCAUUCAAAAUGAUUGACAAGUACUUGCAGUUAUGUAUUAAUAUUUUCUGAAGGUAAUAUUAAAAUCCGAAAGCGGUUUUAUGUGCAUCUUUAUCAGACCUAAACUUACCACAUAAAUAAUAGCAGAUUGGAAUUCCUCACAUCCCCAAUGAGAUGCCAUAAUGGGGCAGGGUGUGUGAUUUUCCUCUAGCACACAGUGAAGAGUAGGAGACCUGGGCCCUUGCCUUGUCAGGAAAAUUUGAAGGACAUUGUUCCGCUCUCAGACAGAAGACCUCCCUCCCAUUUUUGAGAAUAUCUUCUUCUUUCUCUCUCUCUCCCCACCCCCUUUGUGACCUGUCUCCUCCCAGAUUCACGAAUGCCCUGGUCACGAUCCGUAACCGCCACAACGACGUGGUCCCCACCAUGGCGCAAGGCGUGAUCGAGUACAAAGAAGCUUAUGGGGACGACCCCGUCACCAACCAAAACAUCCAGUACUUCCUGGACCGCUUCUACCUGAGCCGCAUUUCCAUCCGCAUGUUGAUUAACCAGCACAGUGAGUUCAGUGGCAGCCAUCUUGGAUUCUUGUCCAAUCCUCAUCCUCCUUGUUCCUGGUCUGUAACACUGCUUGUGCAAUUCCUUUUGCUUUCUUUUCUUUUUUUGCUAAUUAAUUUUUAUCAGGUUUCAAAAAAAUUGACGCAUUUACAUCCAAUUAAUACAAUUCAAUACAAAUCUAAAGUUGUCUUCCCACCCUGUUUUUCACAGCAGUUCCCUUCUCUCCCCUUAUUGCUGUAUCAUAGUAGUGGCGCUGUGGUCUAAACCACUGAGCCUCUUGGGCUUGCCAGUCAGAAGGUCAGCAGUUUGAAUCCCCGCGAUGGAGUGAGCUCCUGUUGCUCUGUCCCAGCUCCUGCCAACCUAGCACUUCGAAAGCACACCAGUGCAAGUAGAUAAAGUGGUACCGCUGCGGCGGGGAAGGUAAACAGCAUUUCCGUGUGCUCUGGUUUCUGUCACGGUGUCCCGUUCUGCCAGAAGCGGUUUAGUCCUGCUGGCCACACAACCCGGAAAGCUGUCUGUGGACAAACGCCGGCUCCCUUGGCCUGAAAGCGAGAUGAGGGCCACAACCCCAUAGUCACCUUUGACUGGACUUAACCGUCCGGUGGCCCUUUACCUUUUACCUACAUGCUUCCCAAUCCUUUACUUAAAACAGUUUAAUUUUUUUUUUUCCUUCUGCAUAUCCUGGGGCCUGUCACCGCCUCAAAGUGAAGUCGCCUGUGCGUGGGGCAGCCCGACCCCCAUUCCUGGUGCGCCAGGAUCUCCUCAUGCCUGCCCUGUCAUGGUUGCCACAUGCCAUGGUUUCUGCCUUUGUUUACUUCACCCUUUCCCUCCCUUACAGCCUUGAUUUUCGACGGCAGCACCAACCCGGCCCACCCCAAGCAUAUUGGCAGCAUCGAUCCCAACUGCAACGUCUCAGAUGUGGUCAGAGGUUGGUGGGCUUUUAUCUUCUGUGUCUCCCCACCCCUCCUGCUCCUUCCUGAAAAUGAAUGAACUGCAGCUAAAAUGCAGCGGAACCUUGGUUUUCGAACGUCUCCGUUGACAAACAUUUCAGUUUUCAAACGCUGUAAGCCUGGAAGUAAAUGCUUCUGUUUUUGAACAUGCCUCAGAAGUCAAACAUGCCACGCGGCUUCCGUAUUGUGUUUUCCAUAUUGAGGCUUCUGUAUUGAGUUUUUGAAUGUUCCGGAACUCGAACAGUCUUCCGGAACGGAUUACGUUCGGAAAGCGAGGUACCACUGUAUUAUGUUCAUUUUUCACAUGGUCUAGUCCUUCCCCCUGCUCACCCCCCUAAUAUUCUUAAGAGGGUCUCUUCUCUUCAGAGAGUAGCUGGAAGUAGAGGAGGAAAACGGUCCUUGUUUCCUUUCACUCUACCGUUUUCAUCUGAAAUCUUCGGUGCAGUACUGUACCCAGAGCUCAGAAACUGCCCUUGCUAAUGAAAUUCCCUGUCACAAAAUGCACCUAGGACAGUGGGAGUUUCGAACACGGCCUUCACCUGAGGGCUGUGAGGAGGAUUGCCACAUGAGAACAGGCCAUUUCAGGAGUCUGUGGAAUUCUCUCCACAGAUAGACACGCCUGGCGCCGGCCUUGUUGACAUUUCCACACCAAGCUAAGACUUUUCCUGUUUACUCAAGGCCUUGGGUCAAUUAAUCUUGCCUCAUUCGCAACUGUCUUCAAGGGCAGCCCCACAUGCAAUGCUUGGUGGUAGUCUAACCUGCAGGUUACCAGGGGCACAGACAACCGAAGCCAGGCAGUUCUUUCAUAGCUGAGUUUGAGUGUUCCCAAAGAUCAGUUAAAAGGGAAAUACCAAGAGAGAAGCGGAGAGAGAGUCUUCCGUGGUAAAGAAACAGAAGCGAUACAACUCACGCUGCCUCCUAUUUCUCUUUUUAUUACUUGAUGAAUGGUGAUUUUAUUACUUGGGGGGCCAGCUGGGUCUUUAAGGGGAAGAUCAGGGAAAAAAUACUCCCUAAUCCCAUCUUGUAGCAGCCGCUCCUGCUAAUUCAUACCAGCGUGCAGCAAAACCAUCAUGUUAAAAGAGUUCCAAAAGCAGACUGUGCUAAUUAAAUCUAAAGACUUGUUAAAACAAGAUUUUGAGUCACAUACCGGACUGAAGCGGGACGUAGGUGGUGCUGUGGGUUAAACCACAGAGCCUAGGGCUUGCCGAUCAGAAGUGCAAGUAGAUAAAUAGGUACCGCUUUGCCUUUUACCUUUACCUUUACUGGAGACUGACAAAUUGAUAAAAUGAAGAUGGACAAUCAGAAUUAUGAAAUUGGAACCAACAAGCAAGAAAGCAAAAUAGAAAUAAAAUAUAUUACCUCUAGAAACCAGGACAUGGGGAGUCCCUGGAAAUUAUUUAAUUUGGAAUUUAUAAUUGGCGCUAAUGUAUAUGAUUUGAUCUGAUUUGUUAAUAAUAGGAAGAUUUUUAUUGAAAAAUGAAUAAAAAUAUUACUAUUAUUAUUAUUAUUAUUAAAAAAGCAGACUGUGCUCCUGCAGCAACCUAAAAUGUUGGGUGUCUCUUCCUGCUGCAGAUGCUUACGACAUGUCCAAGCUGUUGUGUGACAAAUACUACAUGGCUUCUCCCGACCUGGAGAUCCAGGAAGUGAACGGUGAGUCCUGCAGGGGGCAGAGCCAGAAGGAAGGGCGGCAAAAUUGAAAAGGGGGUUCAUUUAAACUCAGGGUGAGAAAGGAAACAUGGGUGCUCCGGGGGUGCAUAGGCCAAGAGCUGGUGGGCAUCGACAAAGGCCGUUGUCCUAACUCUGCUUCACCUGGGAGCAAGCCUGUCGUACUCAGCAGAGCUUACUUCUAAGUAGACGUGAUCAGUACUGUGCUUGCAGGCCAGCUGUGGAAGGUCCUCUCGACUGCAGACAGGUUUUGCAAGGCUUCCUGAUAAACAGAGGUGCUACUCCUCCAUCUGAAUAUGAGGCUCAUAAUCAUAAAUGUUGCAGAGACAGGACCUUAAUUUACGCUGGAGUGUAAUUUUGGGGAAAUGGGCUUUGUAAUAACAUUCUGACGGGUGGAAAAUGCCCCGGGGUAGUCCGUUUCUGUUUUAGACUUCGAAACUUUCUCUCCAGGCUUCCCUUUUUAAAUGAAAUAAAAGAGAGGAAGUCCAUCCUUUCAGCUUGUAGAGCAACUCUUGGCCUCAUUCAUUUCCUCCCCCUUUUAAUUCAGCCUCUGGAACAGGACCUCACCCGUGGCCUAGUAAGUAAAUCAUUCAGUCAGCAGGCUGUCCUGAAGGUUAGCAUUGUGGCUCAGUGGCUAAAGCUUUGCUAGAAUCCCGGCUUCCUUCCUUAUGGCUUUUUUUUUAUUGCCUCCUAAACCAAAUGAUAGCAGCUCCCGUCCCUUUACUUGGUGGCAUGGCAUGGAGAAUUCAACAGGUGCAGCUCUUUGCAACGUGGAAGUUGCAGUAACCGGCGAUCCUAGUUAACGGACAACUUAGAGUAGAUGCUUAACUUAUCUCUUUCAUCAAGACUUGGGGGCAUGUUUGCUUUUUUAUUUUAUUUUUUGCAUUCAGGACUAAAUCGGUUUAAUAAGGAUAUUGCUUUUGCACUUUUCCAGUAUUUUCUAAUAAAUACAGAGCAGCCUUUUGACAGAACGCAAAUACUGAUCUUGAAAUAAUAAAAGACAGAAAAACACAAGCUCUCGUUUGCUAUUUUUCAGUGGUCAUUUGCAGUCAAACAAUCUCUCUCUCACAGUUAUGCAGCCCAUUGUGUUCAUUCUGGAAGGAAGGAAGAGCCCUACAAUUUAUUAGCAAUAGGUCUCUUUUUUCUGGGUUUGCGGUGGGAGAUAAGCAAGAUAAACUAGACAGGGGCAGAUAGUGGUUCUGCUUCUCAGGUAUCACCAAGGGGUAAACAAACCACUUUCAUCACCCAUGUAUUAAAGCAUCCAAGUUCCACCAACUAACAGCAGACAACCCCGAUUCACGUAGGAGAAGUCUGCCCAAAACUAUGAAGCUGCAGUGGCUAAAUUGAUCAAGCUUCCAUGUUCAAGAGCAGUAUACCCCGGAUUUGAGUUUGAAUGGGAGGGCUGUUGCAGUCAUGCUUGGCUUGUGGGCUUUCCAGAGGCAUCUGUUCGGCCCACGAUGUUUGAUUGGAGGGAUCUUUGGUCUGUUUCAGCGGCACUCUGCUCAGGAUGGUAAAAGCAUUUAGCCCGCAAGUGGACCCUCCCAAGCAUUCAGUAGUAUAAUUGGGGGGGGGGGAGGGAUGGAGAGUCCAGCUCAUGAAAGGGGAACACAUAUCAGCACACAUUUGAUAUCAGACAGCCAAAUGGUUGCAUUCUGCCAUUGAAUAAACGUGCAUAACCUCCAACGCUGCUUUAUACUAGCUUGCAAAAUCUGAUGGUUCUGCAGGAACUAGAAUUACGUACAGUCGUACGUUGGUUUUCGAACAGCUUAGUUCUCGAACGUUUUGGCUCCCGAACGCCGCAAACCCGGAAGUCAGGGUUCCAGAUUGCAGACUAUUAUGGGAAGCCGAACGUCCGACGGGGCUUCCACGGCUUCCGAUUGGCUGCAGGAGCUUCCAGAAGCCGCACUUUGGUUUCUGAACGUUUUGGAAGUCGAACGGACUUCCAGAACGGAUUCCAUUCGACUUCCGAGCAGGGCCGGAUUUAGGUUUGAUGAGGCCCUAAGCUACUGAAGGUAAUGGGGCCGUUUAUAUGUCCAGCUGUCCUUUGUCAACAAAUUGUCACUGUUUUUUGUGUUGAAUAUAUGCUAUACGGUAAUUUAUGGACCUAAUAUGUCCAUACACAACACAAAACACUGUUGCGGCAUGCAGGUUUUAUUUUAUUUGUUUUUUAUCUUAUAUUUUGGAAAUGUACAUCCAGUUGUUUUUUUUCCUUUAAUUUUUUGGGGGGCUUCCAAGAGAGUGGGGCCCUAAGCUAUAGCUUGUUUAGCUUAUACGUAAAUCCGGCACUGCUUCUGAGGUACGACUGUAGAGGCAUUUGGGGAUUGUGCUUGUGGGAAAUGGGAGCAGUUUUGUGCAUGUCGAAGUGUGUGUGGGGGGGGGAGGACUUGUGAAGAGCAAUAGAAACGCUGACAUGUCAGCCGGUAAAGAUAAAGGGACCCCUGACCAUUAGGUCCAGUCGUGGCCGACUCUGGGGUUGCGGCGCUCAUCUCGCUUUAUUGGCUGAGGGAGCCGGCAUACAGCUUCCGUCUCAUGUGGCCAGCAUGACUAAGCCGCUUCUGGCAAACCAGAGCAGUGCACGGAAACACCGUUUACCUUCCCACCAGAGCGGUACCUAUUUACCUACUUGUGCUGGUGUGCUUUCGAACUGCUAGGUUGGCAGGAGCAGGGACCGAGCAAUGGGAGCUCACCCAGUCGCAGGGAUUCGAACCGCCGACCUUCUGAUCGGCAAUUCCUAGGCUCUGUGGUUUAACCCACAGCGCCACCCGCAUCCCAAUGUCAGCCUGAUGGGGAGCUAAAAGAAGGAAGUCUUGGAGGGCUCCCAGCCACCCAGGGAGCCAAACUAGGAGCCAGGGGAAAGGCUUUAGGGAGCAGAGAAAUGCAAGGAGUCUCCUCUGCUUGUGAGCCCUUCUUUGCUUGAUUGAGUGGCUGAGGCAUCCUGUAUUUUGGCAUGACGGCGUUGGGGGUGUGGUGUCUUGGGGGCAGCACCUGACAUGAGCCAGAACAUCUAACCUUGAACAUGGAAUCUGUGUGGCUAAAGCAGCAUUUCUGAAAACUGGCAGGUAAAUGCAGCAGGAAGCAUGGGCGACUUGCACGGGGCGGGUUGGUGGAAGGGAAGGUAGAGAAUAGCCGCCGUUGUGCUUUCAAUGACCUCUCCUCUCCUCUCCUGCUUCCUAGCUAACCAACCUGACCAGUCCAUCCACAUGGUGUAUGUCCCAUCUCACCUGUACCACAUGCUCUUCGAGCUGUUCAAGGUAAUUUUUCCCUGCGGUUUUGAUAAUAAUAAUACUACCUGAAGGAGCGUCUCCACCGCCAUUGUUCAGCCCAGACACAGAGGUCCAGCGCCGAGGGCCUUCUGGCGGUUCCCUCCUAGCGGGAAGUGAGGUUACAGGGAAGCAGGCAGAGGGCCUUCUCAGUAGUGGCACCCUCCCUGUGGAACGCCCUCCCAUCACAUGUCAAGGAAAUAAACAGCUCUCUGACUUUUAGAAGACAUCUGAAGGCAGCCCUGUUUAGGGAAGUUUUUAAUGAUUGAUGUUUUAUAGCUUUUAAAAUUAUUAUUAUUAUUUUGUUGGGAGCCGCCGAGAGUGGCUGGGGAAACGCAGCCAGAUAGGCAGGGUAUAAAUAAUAAUAAUAAUAAUAAUUUAUCUAUUUAUUACAGUCCAAUAAUAGCCUCAUUAUAACAAUGCCAAUUAUAAUGCAAUUGCUAAUACCAGUCAUUGGAAGUCCCUCUUUUCGUCGCUUAUUCUGGCAUGGGAAGCAGUCUUGGUACUUUCGAUAAAUCAAAGUCACACUUAGAAGAUUAAUAACCAUUUUUAAAAAAAUUCUCAAACGCGCAUGUCUGUUUAAUACAAUAAAUAUUACUGAGCAAAAGAGCAAUUGGAGGAAACUGUCGCCUGACUUUUCCAGUGGAAUCCUAAUCCCUUUGUGGAUCCAUAGCGAGUUACCUGCUUGAGUUACCUUGAUGGCAGUCAGCCAUUUUCCCCCCAGUAUGCAUUUCCUUGUUGUCCUUAAUGGCCGACUGCUGAGGUACAUUCUAACUGCAGGAAGCAAACCUGUGGCAGUUGGGUGUUCCCUUUUAGGGGCGUGAAGCUUAAUUCUUCCAAAUUUAUUCAGCGAAGGGUCUUAAAAAUAUGCUUUUGGGUGUGAGGAAUUCCAGUCUUCUGUUACUUUUGUGGUUGGACAGUGUUUAGCUUGCUAAGUCUAGGUUUGAUGAAGAAUCACCUAAGCUGCUUUUAGAAAACCAAGUAAUUUUGAUUUUACCUUCUGAAAAUGUCAGGUCAGGCUAACUAAUAAUAAUAUAUAACUGCAAGUACUUGGGGAUCAUUUUUAAUGAUUUCUAUGCAAUUUUACCUGCUGUUUACUUACCGAGCAACGCUAAAUUAUAUUAAUUCAACCAAAGUGUCUUUUGAAUGCCCAAGUCUUGUUGCAACAUUUUUUGGAAUUUGAAAGCUGAAAUAUUCAACCCAGUGGUGCAGGGAGGUCUGAUUUAGAAAAGUCUGGCUAGCGGAGACCUUGUUUUUCCAUUGCCUUCCAGAAUGCCAUGAGAGCCACCGUAGAAAGCCACGAGUCCAGCCUCACGUUACCGCCCAUCAAGGUGAUGGUGUCGCUGGGCCAAGAAGACCUCUCCAUCAGGGUAAGCGGGGAGACUGGGAAGGGAGGAGUUUCAGAAGGAAAUCUUUCAGAAGGAGUGGCUGCCAGGACCACAUAACGCCAGUCCUGAGAGAUCUGCAUUGUCUCCCAGUACGUUCCCGAGCACAAUUCAAAGUGUUGGUGCUGACCUUUGAAGCCCUAAACGGCCUUGGUCCUGUAUCCCUGAAGGAGCGUCUCCACCCCCAUCAUUCACUGAGGUCCAGCGCCGAAGGCCUUCUGGCGGUUCCCUCAUUGCGAGAAGUGUGGUUACAGGGAACCAGGCAGAGGGCCUUCUUGGUAGUGGCGCCCGCCCUGUGGAACACCCUCCCAUCAGAUGUCAAGAAAAUAAGCAGCUAUCUUAUCUUUAAAAGACAUCUGAAGGCAGCCCUGUUUAGGGAAGUUUUUAAUAUCUAAUGCUGUAUUGUUUUUAACACUCGAUUAGGAGCUGCCCAGAGUGGCGGGGUAUAAAUAAUAAACUCAACCAGAUGGGUGGGGUAUAAAUAUUAUUAUUAUUUAUUAUUAUUAUUGUUAAUUAUUAUUAUUAUUAUCAUCAUCAUCUAGCAGCAGUAACUGCCCCCCCUACCCCAUCAUAAUUGAUGCUAUUUCUCCUCCCUGUCUUGGAGCAGAUGAGCGACCGCGGAGGUGGGGUCCCUCUGCGCAAGAUAGAGCGGCUCUUCAGCUAUAUGUAUUCCACAGCACCCAAGCCAGAGUUGGGGACUGGAGGGACGCCCCUGGUAUGUGCUCUUAACUGGGCCCAGAGUGGUGGUGGGGGGGGUGAGAGAAGACCAUUUACUAACCACAUUCUUGUCCUUUCCUCCUGCUAAAACCAGGCUGGCUUUGGGUACGGCUUGCCAAUUUCCAGACUCUAUGCCAAGUAUUUCCAAGGUGACCUUCAGCUCUUCUCCAUGGAGGGGUUUGGGACGGAUGCUGUCAUCUAUUUGAAGGUGAGUUGGUCUUGUCCUUGUCUUCCUUCCCCCACCCACAAAUGUGACUUCCUUCUUUUGAGGGCUGACCUGGUUUCUUCACAUAUUGACCCAUUGAGGAGCUGUUCCUUUCCUGCUUCUCAGGAGAGAUGAAUGUAAUAAUAAUAAUAAUUUAUUAUUUAUGCACAUCAGAGUGCAAGUAGAUAAAUAGGUACCGCUCUGCUGGGAAGGUAAAUGGCAUUUCCGUGCGCUGCUCUAGUUCGCCAGAAGCGGCUUAGUCAUGCUGGCCACAUGACCUGGAAGCUGUACGCCGGCUCCCGAAGCCAAUAAAGCGAGAUGAGCGCCGUAACCCCAGAGUCGGUCACGACUGGACUAAUGGUCAGGGGUCCCUUUACCUUUACCUUACAUCUGGCUGGGUUUCCCCAGCCACUCUGGGCUGCUUCCAACAGAAUAUUAAAAUACAAUAGUCUGUUAAACAUUAAAAGCUUCCCUAAACAGGGCUGCCUUCAGAUGUCUUCUAAAAGUCUGGUAGUUGUUGUUCUCUUUGACAUCUGGUGGGAGGGCGUUCCACAGGGCGGGUGCCACUACCGAGAAGGCCCUCUGCCUGGUUCCCUGUAACUUGGCUUCUCGCAACAAGGGAACUGCCAGAAGGCCCUCAGCACUGGACCUCAGUUCCUUGUAACAGGCUUGUCUUUUUGUGGAUCUCUCCGCAAGAGGCUGUAGUUGCCGUUAUUAUUGUUAUCAGUUUGGUUUCUUUACCCCGCUGUUCAUCCUAAGGUCCCAGGGUGCAGGUUGCCACAAUUUAAAAUCCAGUAUUAAAAGCAGAUUGAAACAAUAUUUCUCAAUCAGGUAAAUUUUUUAAACCACAAGGAAGCAGUGGCGUGGUUAACACGGCCAGGUAAUGAAAAGCGUAACACGCGUUCGAAACGAAAGCUUAGGGAUGUUCGCUCUGCAGGCCAUCUGCUUUGGAGCGGCUCAGCUGAGCCAAGGCCCAAGGACUUGUGCACCUUAUGCUCCUGAGGUCAUUUGCCUUGGAAGAAAACCAAGGGCAGAGAGUCCACGAGUGACAUCAGUUGGGUCAUUGCCUCAUAGUGCCUAUGAAAGUGGGCGUGGUAGGGAAAGCCACUUCCGAGCACUCGUAACCUUUCUGGUUAGGUGGUGGCUUAAAGGAUGGGCGUUAACUUUGCCACACGUGUUAACAGUGAGGGGGGAAAGUAUUUGAUCCCCUGCUAAAUUUGCCCAUUUGCCCCCUGACAAAGAAAUGACUAGUCCAUAAUUUUAUUGGUAGGUUUAUUGUAGCUGUAAGAGACAUUUUUAUUGGAAUUUAGUCUUGUAGCCCAGUCCAGCCUUGUGCAUGUCUACAAUUUUGUCCCUGACAUCCUUGGACAGCUCUUUGGUCUUGGCCACAGUGGCUACUUUGGAAUCUGCUGGAUUGAUUGCUUCUGUCGACGGGUGUCUUUUGUACAGGUACUGUAACGAGCUGGGAUUACAGGUAAGACCUCUCCCUUACAGCAGGUGCUUCUAAUCUCAGCUCGUUACAUACAGUGAAGAGACCAGGUAGCCUGACAUCUGUCUGGUUGAUAGGUACUUAUUUCAGAUACUUAUUUCACGCAUUAGAAUGCACAUCAAUCUCUGACUUUUGUCUUCUGGGUUUCUGGGGUUUUUUCCUGUUGUUAUUCUGUCUCUCACAGCUACAAUAAACCUACCAUAAAAAUUAUGGACUGGUCAUUUCUUAGUCAGGGGCCAAACGGGCAAAUUUAGCAGGGGAUCAAAUACUCCCCCCCCCCCUCACUGUACUUUCUUCCGAAAGCCCUGAAGUGUCACUGGGAAUUCCAAAAGAAGCCCGGGUGAAGAGGACCUUUGUUUUGGAUGGAUGCAUGUUUGGGUUAGGAGAACCUCUACGAGAGUUUUUGUGACCCUCCUUCAGCCGUUGACUCUGCACAAGAACUCCAUAUGAGUCUCCUGUUACUAUUAAAAUAGGGACUGUGGGAAGGCUGUUACUUUUUCUGUCUCUCCCUCCCCACACAUACCUUUUAAAAACACACCCACCCCAAAGAUACAACCUGGCAUUGGAAAAAUCCAUACUGCUACAACGCCCAUCUCCCUGAGCCAGUUUGGCCAGUGGCUGAGGAUCAUGCGAGUUGUAGUCCAGCAUCUGCAGGGCACCACACUGGCUCUCCCUUUUAGAGUGAGCUCUCCAACUUGCAGGGCCCACAGUGGUCACCUGGUGGUCCCUGUGGGCACUGCCAGGUACAGGGGGUUGAAGGCACGGUGGAUUGGGCACUUACAGCCCCAGAGCUGCCAUUGGAGGUGUGUUGGCCGUGCACCUGGCCCUGCCAGGAGCCCCUCAUCCCAUGCUGCUUUUGUCCCUUUCCCAGGCCUUGUCAACAGACUCUGUGGAGCGGCUUCCCGUAUACAACAAAUCGGCUUGGCGCCACUACCAGACCAUCCAGGAAGCCGACGACUGGUGCGUGCCCAGUACGGAGCCCAAGAACACCUCCACGUACAGGGUGACCUAAGACCGAGACUUUUGCUCGCUCGAGGGAACAGUGUCUUGACGCCCGGCCUCGACGACGGAGGCACCAAAACUUUGGGGCGGGAAAGAGCAACACGGGAUGAUCAUCACCAGCACAAACCCACCUCGUUCUGCAAGAGCUCGUGGCUGGCCUGGAGCCUGGCAGCUUCUCCGAUUUGAUUUUUGGAAGUACGUAGCCUAGAUCUCGUUCACAAAUAUUGCCACAGCCCCGCAUGGAACUUCUUCUCCUUCUCCUUGCCCCACCCUCAGAACUGCCCUCUGGCCUAGCCGAUUGGAGUUUGCCUUCCACGAGUGGUUUGGAUCAUACUUAAGUGUUUUGCACACCAUCUAUUAUUAUUAUUAUUAUUAUUAUUAUUAUUAUUAUUAUUAUACCGUAAAACGGAAGAGCUUAAAGGAUUGGGCACUUAAGAUUUAGAGAAAAGUCAAAGGGGAGGGAGUCUACAAGAAGAAAAGGAAUGUCAGAGCAGCUGGCGCAUGUGGUCUGUGUUCAUUUCCUGACAUGGCGGACAGAGGGGAAGUGGCAACCAUAGGCAGAUAAACCUAUUGAAAUGAGCAGGCAAGUUUGAGAAAAUUCAAGGCCACCUGGGUUGCUUUUCAACGCAAGCAGAAGAGGGAGGGGGGUUUCUGGUACACAGAAACCCUUGCGUUACAUUCUGUACCUUUCCCAAUGUGUAUGACUCCCCAGCUAGGGAGGACUGACAUGAAAAAGAGGCCGUUUUAACUGUGGGUUGGGUAGGUGGGAAAUGGGUACCCACACUAGGGGCAGACAGACCGUAGGUGUGCAGUGGGAUCUGUGCCAGCGUUGGAAGGAGGGCUCAAAAUUUCACUGGUGGCUCCCUGCUCAAAUCGGCUUGUCCACCCACCAUUGGCUGAAAUGGUUUCGUGACAGCGCAGAUCUGCUCCUAGUGAGGCUCAUGCUGACAUGCUUCCCUUCGUGGUGGGGAAAAAAUCCUGCGCACCCUGUUCUCUGUGAGCCAAAGCGUUGCCCCCGAACGGCGUGGGCAGUUUGGGCGAGCCUUGCAAUGCCAGAAUUCCCACGUGAUGCUUGCAGGAGCCACACAGAGCUGCUAGGUCGCUUGAGGCGCUGUAGCAAAGCCUUGUGGGAAAAACAUGGCUGCGUAAGCAACUGGGCCUAGUUCAGUGGGUUGUGGUGGGUGAGGGAGAGGCUGGGGUGGGGAGUGUUGAGGGCUUCCCCUUUCAACUCCGGUGGAGCAAGUGGGGGUCUCUGCCCAGAGAAGAAAGGGAUUGUCUCCUCGACUACGGUGCUUGGAAGUGAUAGGCAGAAGUCACUGUUUGCAGUAUUGGCGCCCAGUUUGGGAAGUGCAAAGACUGUAGGACCUCCCUCUGCCAGUCCUCCUUCCUUCUCCUGUAGCUCCUGCCAGGGUCCCUCAUUUCUGGUCCUCGUUCGAAGCAAAUGGGAAUGGUGAUGGGUUUGUGGGCAAAGUGUCCCCAUCUGACUCCUGUCAUUGCUUUCCAUUCCGGCCACUUCCCCAAUUCAUCUGAGCAGGAAUCGCCUGCGCUCCUCCCCCAAAUUCUUCUGAUCUCACCUUCUGGCUCCCCAAGCAAUUGCCAGCCAACCUUUGCUUGGAACCUCCUGCAUGGCACGCUCUCGAAUUGUCUUGAAGUUUCCAUGUACAUAUAUAUAUAUAGAUAGAUCUAUUUUAUUCUCUGGGUGGAACCAUGGACACACAAAAACUGCCGCAGUAUUCUUUGCUCGCUGACGAACCAUCGGGGGGAAAGAACCAUUAAAUUUUAAACCCUACCUCCCUGGUUGUGUGACGCGUUGCUUCAUUGCGGAUUGACUUUUUGGUGUUGGGUUUUUGUCGCUCCACGUUUACUGACUUUUCGAGGAAUUGUAGAACGGGAGAAUGCUCUGUUAGAGGCUUGGUUCACCCCCUUGUGCUUCUGAAGCUCAGAUUUGGAGUAUGUCUCUGAAAUGCACUUGGCUAGCAAGAUGCAGGUCAUCGGACAGAUUCUUGGUCACUGGUUCCUGUAAUGGCGCUUUCCCCUUCUCUUUGGUUUAUGAAAGAAGCAGCCAUUAGGGUUGUCGUUUGAGAAACACAGCAUUAUACCUCCAGCUGCAUGUUCUCAUCACUUUCCUCUGUGCUUCGUGGCUCGAGGAGCUGCAAAGUGAGGGCUCCAUUAGGUGUGGCAGAAAGUGGAAGGAAUCCUGACGUUAUUAGGACAUGGCUGUAAGGCUUGCAAAAAUGGCACCACCUAUUCACUGUGUGUGUGUGUGUGUGUGUGUGUGUGUGUGUGUGUGUGUGCGCGCGCGCGUGCGCGCGCACGAUGAAUGCUUUAAGCAUUGGCUCAAACCAUGGUUAUGUUUGAGUAAUCAAAAUCAUCUCUCCGAAAGUCUUCCCAUGUGGUAGAGCAUGGGUAGGCAAACUAAGGCCCAGGGGCCGGAUCCGGCCCAAUCGCCUUCUAAAUUCACCCCACGGACGGUCUGGGAAUCAGUGUGAUUUUUUUACAUGAGUAGAAUGUGUCCUUUUAUUUAAAAUGCAUCUCUGGGUUAUUUGUGGGGCCUGCCUGGUGUUUUUACAUGAGUAGAAUGUGUGCUUUUAUUUAAAGUGCAUCUCUGGGUUAUUUGUGGGGCACAGGAAUUCGAUCAUUCCCCCACCCCACCCCAAAAAAUAUAGUCCGGCCCCCCGCAAGGUGUGAGGGACUGUAGACCGGCCCCCUGCUGAAAAAGUUUGCUGACCCCUGUGGUAGAGCAUCGUGAAGGCUUUUGGAGAGAUGAUGUUGACAUACCCUGGUGCCACGUGGUGGAGCUUUUUAUGAAAAAUGGUUUACAAAUUGUUUUAAGAGGAUGAAUGAUGUUACAGUCAAACCUCGGUUCCUGAACAGCUCCGUUUUGGAACGUUUCAGCUCCUGAACGCCGAAAACCCGGAAGUAAACGCUCCGGUUUUCGAACUUUUUUGGAAGCCAAACGUCCAAUGUGGCUUCCGCUUGAGUGCAAGAAGCUCUUGCAACCAAUCGGAAGCUGCGCCUCGGUUGUUGAACAGUUCGGAAACCGAAUGGGCUUCUGGAAUGGAUUAUGUUCGACAACCAAGGUUUGGCUGUGUAUAUUGAUCCAAGCAGGCAUUGGGAACACACACAGACACACACGGGCAGUGGGCAAUGCUAGCGAACAAAAGGCCUGUCGAGUAACACACGAGAGCCGCUGGGGCUUGCCGGCUUCUCUGGAAACCUGUGAUAGUUCUGUUGGCAAGAAACACAAAAAUACAUGCAGGUGUAAAUACCCACCCCUGUUAUCUCAGAGACGGGAGGUCAUGUGGCCUUCCCAAUGACGUCGGACUCCUUUGGCUCUAGCUGGCAUUAGCAACGGCCAGGAAUGACUGGCGUUGGAAGCCCAGCACCAUCCUGAAGGACACACUGUCCCCCAUCCUGCUUAGAAACCGGGACCGUUUGAUGGUGCAACAUUUGGGCAUGCAGAAAGAUCCAUGCCAUUGAUAUCCCAUAUAGUUUGGCUCCUUUGGUGGGGAUUGAGUUACGGAUUUAUGCUUUGCUUUUGUCAUCCCGCGGAGAAGGAAAGAAAAACUCCCCAUGGGAAAGGGGCUCUUGGCUGUUCCUUCCAUGGACGUCUACUCCGUCCACCGUCUCUUUUCAGGCCUCUUUGACCCAAGGGGCAGUACCCUUCAGUCAUCGGGGCACCCUUGGGAAUAGAUGUCCCAUCAGCAAGCUGCCACGUAUGGCUUCGCUUGCUUCAAUUUUUUUUAUUCUGGAGCAAAGUCGCUGAAGAGCACCCAGUCUUGGCACGUUCUUCCUGGUGGCGUGGGCAAGCUGAUGAAGCAUUUUAGGGAGUGCCCUUGAAAAGGGACUCCUCCUUUCCUGUCCUUUCUUUGGACGCCGAAAGACACUCUGCAAGGGCAGGUUUCUGAGACGCAAUGUACCCGGUGCAAAGGCACUGUUGUGUCUCCUCCCACGACCGCUGGUCCCAAGGUGUGUCUUGCGUUGGUGCUUUGAGUCCCUUUGAUCCGUUGGAGCUCUUUCCUGUUCCCUGCAGCUUUGGCUUCUGUUCUCUGCAGAUGCCAAACUCCCAGUGUCAUAUGCAUGGAAUUAUUUUUUUAAAAAAACACUGAGUCCUCUUAUUCAGCCAGCAAAGCUCUUGUGUGUGUGCUCCUUUAUUGCACGGAGUUGUGUUCUAAGAAUGAAUAACCAUGGAACGUGCUCAGCAUGUGUGGAAAUCCCUCUGUGGACUAUUGUGCCUUGAGCUUUGAAGAAAUAAUAGAUCCAAAUUACCACAUUUUUUUGGCAAUAAGAUGCCCCCUUUUUGGGGGGACUCAGUUUUAAGAAAAUGGGGAGAGAUGGCCCCAUGUAUAAGACACCCCCUGAUUUUAGACAUUAUUUUUAAGGGGGGGAAACUAGUCUUAUACAUGGAAAAAUACAGUAUCUCCCCAGAUACUGCAGGUUCAAGGUGUGACAGUCUGUGUGGGUGGAAUCCUAGAAGCUAAAAGGCACACACUUAUCCGUUGUAGAAUCAUGGUUCAGUCCAACCCACUGCAAUGCAGGAAUCUCAGCUAAAGCAUCCAUGACAGAUGGCCAUCCAAUUUAAGCAAUCAACUUAUUUCUACUUUUCAGCACUUGCAACUGGUGAGAUCAUCGAGUGACAUCACAGCAGCCCAGGCAGUGACAACUUGUGCCUGUCACGUGUCUUUAAAAACACAUACAUGAAAUUUUUCAUAUAUAAAUCACACCGCAGCCUGACAUUUCAAGCUCUAAAAAUAAACCAGGCUGGAAUUCACACUGUGAUGUGGGGACAGGAGUCUGUGUCCUUGCUAUGAGUUCACAGGCAAACACAAGACCUAAGCUAAUAAUAACAACAAUAAUAAUAAUAUUUAUAUCUGGCUGGGUUGCUAAAACAAAGACUUUGCUAAAAGUGGGUAUGAUCUGCAGAGUCUUGAAGAGACGAGACUUAACUGUUAGAGAAAGGGCAUGGUUUGCAACACUUUUAAAAUCUAGGUUUCUAGUCCUCAUUGCAGCCAGGAGAAUUCUUUUUGAAGGUGUGAUGAUAGGAGGAGGAGCAGAGCAGGGAGGCCCAGAAAUUCUCCAGCAAUAUCCUAAAAUUAAAACUCCGCACAUCAAUGUUCAGAACGCUUUGAGAGGCAGAACCUGCCCAUCAACUGGAUAUGGGGUGAGAAACCACCUGGGAACUGGCAGCUUGCUGGGUGCUUGUGAAGCAUUGCAUAAGGGACUUUUGAUAGGUGUCAAUCACCAGAUGUCAGAUAACUUGACAAGGGGGCUGUCCCACCCAGCUGCUGAAGUUGAUACAGGAGAUGAGAGAAGAUAAGGAUCUGGCCCAUCAGGAUAAACACCCCCCCCCCAUAUACAUGAUGUAGAUAAGGUAAGGUAAAGGUAAAAAGAUGUAGAUAAGGUAAGGUAAAGGUAAAAAGAUCUAGAAAAUGCUUACAAGAAAACAUAGCUAGAGUUAUGAGGUCCUGAAGACAACUGAGGUUGUGAAACAAAGGCACCAGCAUGUGUUUGACCAAACUGCGGGAGGCAGUGGAAGACAGGAGUGCCUGGCGUGCUCUGGUCCAUGGGGUCACGAAGAGUCGGACAUGACUAAACGACUAAACAACAACAACACCCCGCCACUUCCCCUUCAAUGCAAAAAAAUAAUAUUAAAUUAAAAUAAUAAUAAUAAAAAUAGGAGCACAUCCUGGGAACAAUUUAAAACUUUCUUUUAUUCCUUGUGGUUCCUCAUUGUGUAUUCACCAGACAUCUGUGGCAAUCUCACACAGUUCUUCCUCUCGGCUGAGCCUGCCCCCGCCUCCCCCUGCCCCCUUUCUCCGCAAUGCAGGUCGCCAGGUAGGUGGAGCGGGGUGGGGAAGAAGUCAGGCCUGAGUAGACCUGAUGCAGAACCCGUUCAGGAGGGAGGAUGCAGGGCUGGGGAGUGGGGAGAGACAGACAAGGUAGUGGUGUUGUGCAUUCAUCUCGUCCUUUUCCGUUUGGGGAAAUCGUGUGUGAGUGUGUUUGUGCGCACAAGUGUACCUGUGGCUUGUGUCUCUUGAGGCAGCCGUGGCCCGCCUCGCAGGAACGAGGCGGCGUGAGGGGACACCCAAAUGGCACCGAUCGGGCGCGGACACAUCCGGGCCGCUGGAGGGAACGGAAUGGAGUCGACGGGAGGUGUGAUCGGAAGAUGUUCGCAGGUCGGGGCCUCGGUUCGCAUCUGCGCCACCGCCCUUCCCACAUCACAGCAGCAGGAGGGCUUGUGGGCCCGCUGAACAUGCGGUUGGACCGUCCAGGCAAUGAAAGGGGGUGAGGACGCCACUGGGCAGAGGUAUCGCCUUCUCUCCGUGGCCCAACUCGGCCAUCGGCGGUGGUGUCCGGCUGCCACCGCCAUCUCUGUCAUGCCCGGUUCCACAGCAGGUUCAGCCCCCACCCAAACCCUUAACCUUUGCCGGCAGUGCGCCGCCUGCUUCUGGUCCCUCCCCCGUCCGUUUCCCAGUUUGCAGAUGAUCCGUCCCACCCCCACCCUAGAAAUGCUCCGUGGGUGAAGAGGGUGUGAGCCCCGUGUGCCUGGAAGCGGCCACCCCCGUAUUUCCCGCCCCCCACACUCCGUUUAUCUUAGCUCUUCUUCUGUUCCAGUUCCCGCUCUUUCUUCUUCUGCUUCUUUUGCUUCUCUACUUUCUCCUGAGCUUUCCUCUCCUUCUCAACGGCCGCGUUCAGCUCCUUCAGCUUCCUCUUGAGGAGGGAACGGUCGUGAGAGUUGCUGACGCCGAGAGCCUGCAGGGACGUGACGGGAGAAUUUGGAACAUGCAAAGUUCAGAAGUUUGUGUCCUCAGCACACACACACACACACACACACACACAAACAAAUAUCCACAUAGGUGCCAACUUCCUGGGGCCCUGGGUGCGUGAGCACCCACAAAAUUCCACACAAAUAUCCACACAGGUGCCAACUUCCUGGGGCGCUGGGUGCGUGAGCACCCACAAAAUUCCACACAAAUAUCCACACAGGUGCCAACUUCCUGGGGCCCUGGGUGCGUGAGCCCCCACAAAAUUCCACACAAAUAUCCACACAGGUGCCAACUUCCUGGGGCCCUGGGUACGUGAGCACCCACAAAAUUCCACACAAAUAUCCACACAGGUGCCAACUUCCUGGGGCCCUGGGUGCCCGAGCACCCACAAAAUUCCCCAUGAAAGGGCUGGGCACCCACAAAUUUCAGUGCACACUGCAAGGCACCCAUGUCCCCAGGCAGCCACAGUCGUGGGCGCAAGCUGGCACUCCUGAAUAUCAGCAAUAGCAUCGCUUUCUGUAUCUCCAUUCUUCCUGCAGUGGAGGUCAGGGCUCAGACACCACCUUCACAGAAGAGGUUCUUAAGCUGGCUGACUAGGCGGUAAGCUGUGGUCAGACACUCAAAUGUGUGUCAAGGGCACUUCUCAGCCAAAGGAAUGAACAUGGCAGAUAGUUAAGUCUCUAUUGUUUAAGAUAACCCUGCCACUUCUGCAGCUCUGGAUAACUACGCACAACAAUCUAGCGUCUAGACAGCUAUUCCCGGGUCCACGCUCUAUGGAGCAGUUACAGCAACAGGGGACCACUCUCCCUCCACCAGUUUAUGUACCUCCCCUGACGAGCUGAGACCUGGCCUGAGUGGAAACUUCCUCUGCUCCUCCCUCUUCAGUCCCCUCCUGGUUCCGGAGUAAUGGUGCAGGAGAGGGUGGGGAAGCACCUGGGUCCUUCCUUUGCCUGACCUGCCUCUUCUUCCCCUUCUUCCGACCUAUGCUGUGCUCAACCCUCCAGCUCUGAAACUUCCCCUGCCUCUGAUUUCCCCCCAAAUCAAUGACCCCUUUUCCCAAGUCAGACUCCAGUCCUCCGUCCCAGUGGCCUGCCAGUCUCUGACAUUAUGGUACACCUGCUCUUCUUUCCCCUUUCUCAUCCUAAAGUGCCAUCUUGUCAAAAAAGAGUCCUGUACUCAACCCCUGGCUUCAUUGGUUUAAAAAAAUCAAAUGGCAGGUGUUGGGAAAGCUGAGACCCUGUGACAGUCCCUGCUGGGUACAGCAGGCCAAGGGUAGCCACAGUGAUACCCGUCCCGAUUUUUUGAACAAUGACUCUCAUAACCCCAAGCCAGCGUUUCCAGCAGGGAUGAUGGCACCAUCCUGGCAACGGCUGGAGUAGACGGUACUGGGUUACAUGGACAAAUAUUCCGGACAAAACAGCUUCAUGUACUCCUAGGAUUCCUUGCCCGUUGAAAGUUCCUGAGUUCAUUUUAAUUCUGCAUGUGCCGUCCUAGUUAACUUUUGCCACCUUUUUUUGCAGGGUCAGCAAAAGUUAAUUAGGUCCUCGUUAGUAAACACUAAAAAAAAUUAGGUUCUGUGUAUCUGUAUUGAACCUUAUCUGCAAGGUGGAUAUUAUUAUUAUUAUUACUAUUUUAUUAUACCCAGAGGUCUCAAGGCAGUUAGCAUAAAAGGAUCACAGUAUAUAAAAUAAAAAUAAAAGCAAGAACCCAAUAAUACCCCACCCCCCAAAGAGCCACAUUUUAAAAGGGCAUAGGAUGCAAAUUGGAUCAACCAAAGGCCUGGUUAAAGAGGAACGUUUUUGCCUGGUGCCUAAAGGUGUGUAAUGAAGGUGCCAGGCGAACUUCCCUGAGGAGAGCAUUCCAAAGACGGGGAGCCACUGCAGAGAAGGCCCCGUUCUCCUGUUGCCACCCUCCAGACCUCUCAAGGAGGAGGCACAUGAAGGAGGGUCUCAGAAGAUGAUCUCAGGGUCCGGGUAGGUUUAUAUGGGAAGAGGCGGUCCUUGAGGUAUUGCGGUCCUGAGCCGUUUAUGGCUUUAUAGGUCAAAACCAGCACUUUGAAUUGGGAAACUAAUUGGUAGCCAGUGCAGUCGGACCAGGAUCGGUAUAAUAUGCUCAAACCAUCUUGCUCCAGUGAGCAACCUGGCUGCUGAAUUCUGCACCAGCUGAAGUUCCAGACCAUCUUCAAAGGCAGCCCUACGUAUAACGCAUUGCAGUAAUCUAACCUUGAGGGUUACCCAAGCACAGACAACAGUAGUUAGGCUAUCCCUAGCGACCACGUCAGAGCCCAACCCAUCUUAGUGGUAUACACCAGCGGCUCCCCAGCCGCCCACUGCUCAAAGGAAGAACCCCAAAGCUCUCUGCAGUCCACUAAAGCAGAAAAGCAUUGCCACCCCGCCAGCAGCGAUUGCAAAGCAGGAGUGUGGCUGGGAUGCAAACCCCCUCGCCCCUCUUCUCCAUCACCUUCAGCUUGGUUCCAUCGAGGAGGAGGAGCUGCUGGCCGUCCACUUCCUGGGCGGCAAAUUCUGCCAUGUAUUGCUCCAGGUUCAAGCUCUCCAACCACUGCCCCACUUUCUGACUGCUCCACGUCGAAGCUGCACUCAGAGGCUCAUCCAGGAACUGCAGAGAGGAUUAUGAGAGUAUGCAAUGAAUGAUGAUGAUGAUGAUGAUAAUCAGUGUUGUUGUUUUUUCUGAGGGUACUCAGGGGUACAUGGUACCGGCACCUUUUUCCCCCCUAGAAGAAAAGCACUGAUGAUGACGAUAAUGCAUCUUGAUGUUUUUGUUUUUAACUUAUUUAUUAAAUUCAGGACUCCCCACCCCCCAGCUGGAAUACACUGGAACUCGGUUGCGGCACCUCUCAGGUGGGCACCAAUGGGUGGUGUUCAUGAUGAGUUCUGGCACUAUUUUUCCAAAAAACCAGCACUGAUUAAAUUUAUCCAUCUGAGGAUUGCAGGGCGGUUAGCAGUAUAAAAGGAGAGACCAUCAUCCAGCUUGGGCUGUCGUCGGUAGCAAGUGGUGUAUUCUGCCCAUGCUCAAAGGGCCUUGUUUUUUUAUUAGUUGUUCACAUGGUUCAGUGCUGGUGAGUCUUUGCUCAAGAUAUCGGCUCUCAGAACAGCAGGUUGAGCCAAAAACAGGUGCACUCAGGAUCCAAGAGAAAAAAGUUACUAGUCCUCAUUAAAGGGCAGACUGGAGGGAGGUAAAAAGGUAAAGGAUCCCUGGAUGGUUAAGUCCAGUCAAAGGUGACGAUGGGGUUGCAGCGCUCGUCUCGCUUUCAGGCCGAGGGAGCUGGCGUUUGUCCACAGACAGCUUUCCGGGUCAUGUGGCCAGCAUGACUAAAUUGCUUCUGGUGCAGCGGAACACUGUGACGGAAACCAGAGCGCACGGAAAUGCCGUUUACCUCCCCGUCACAGUGGUACCUAUUCAUCUACUUGCACUGGCGUGCUUUCGAGCUGCUAGGUUGGCAGGAGCUGGGACAGAGCAAUGGGAGCUCACCAUCACACGGAUUCGAACCGCCAACCUUCUGAUCGGCAAGCCCAAGAGGCUCAGUGGUUUAGACCACAGCUCCACCCGCGUCCCUGGUGGAGAUAUCGGUGGCAUUGUGCAGGUGGUUCUAAAGACCCAGGUGCACCGGGGCAUCGCUUGCCAGGGGACUUACCUCAUCAGACGACUGGGACAGGGUGUGGUAGGGGUAGGAGCACUUUGUCGUCUCAGGAUGAGCUCCACUCAGGGUCUUGGGGCUGCUGCUACUGCUGGGAGGGGUGGAGUCAUCACUCAGGGUAGAUUCCUGUUGGCAGGACAGAGAAGGGUUAAGGAAAAGUCCUGCAAGGCGACUCUCAGCCUGGCCCUUUUUGACCAGGCUGGGGGUGGGGGUGGGCUGACUGACUCCAGCUACAAAGGCUGCUUCUGCUGCCUAUGGUUCCUAGCAGAAAACAUCGGGGCGAGAUAUCAAUUAGGGAUUGCUUCUGGAGUCAAGAUUCAGUUUGGGAUAUGUGUUCUAGUUUGCUACUUAUCCGUAUCUUAUUCUUUAUUGUUAGCUCUUGCUAUCGGCGAGUGCUUUACUGAAUAUUUAUUCAUAGGAGCCUAGAACCCUCGUACUUACGGGACCGCCUCUCCUGGUAUGCCCCGCAGAGGACCUUAAGGUCCAUAAAUAGUAAUACUCUAAAGAUCCCGGGCCCUAAGGCAGUCAGAUUAGCCUCAACCAGAGCCAGGGCCUUUUUAGCACUGGCUCCGGACUGGUGGAACGCUCUGUCUCAUGAGACCAGGACCCUGCGGGAUCUGAUUUCUUUCUGCAGGGCCUGUAAGACAGAGCUGUUCUGCCUGGCCUUUGGCUUGGAACCAGCCUGAUCCCCCUCUUUCCUUUUCCUUCUGUGACGGAACCCCUAUUUGGGGACUUCCCUGGCUUUUUGCUUUUUUCUGGCCCACGUAGGACCAGUCUGGAUAGUUGGCCUUGGUGAAGAUUUGACGUUUUCUCACCCCAAAACAGUUUUUGAUCUGAGCUUCCACUGAAAUGAGGCUGCAUUUUAAGUUGUACUUUAAUCCUGUUUUUAAGUUGUAUUUUAAUCAAUUGUUUUUAUAGUUGAUGUUAGCCGCCCUGAGCCCGGUCUUGGCCGGGGAGGGCGGGGUAUAAAUAUAAAUAAAUAAAUAAUAUUGUUUAUAUUUGCAUUACUGUUUAUAAAUGUUGAGGUAGAUUGCAGUUCUUACAGAAUUAGCUGGUCGUUUUUGAUGGCAUGCAGUACAUUGAGCAUGGUUUACUGCAGAAAAGUGGCACAC